GAUAAUGUUAACAGGAAGAUUACCUGUGGUUACCUGAAUUGCAUACAACCAGAUUUCCAUAGCUUAAAAAAUAUAUUUUCCAUCAAGAAAUGGCAACGCAGUUCAGCCAGGACGCGGUGCUGGAUUUCCUUUGUAGCCGAGGAGGGAGUGUGAAAAACUCGGACCUGAUCACCCACUUUAAAACAUUCUUAAGGGAGCACGAGAACCAGGUGCAGCACAGAGACAUGUUUAAAAAGUUUGUGAACUCGGUGGCUGUAGUGAAACGAAAAGACGGAGUUUCGUUCGUGAUCCUGCAGAACAGGUACAGGGAGCUGGUGGGAGAGGACAUCAGUUCGGCAGAGAAAAGUUCAAAUUCUGGGAGUGUGCAAGAACUACCGGUAAACUUAAAGGAAACUUCAACCAGACAUAAUGCCGACAGAGAGCAGGUAACAGGACAUAGCUUUAUUACCACGCAUUUGAAUUUGAAACUAAAUAGCAGGGCAAAGUCUGGAGUUACUGACACUUAUAAAAAUGACAAUAUACAGUUUAGUGCAGCUGAAACGGCUUACAGUGAUGUCAGGACAUCUGAACAAAAGCAGAAACGUUUUGUUAACUAUCCACCUUGUAUGGACCCUGUUGAGAGAGUUACUAAUAACCCCAGCCACGUUUCUAAAUCACCCCAAAUAGGCUGCAGCAUAAAGAAGGGGGUAAAGCCUCUUCAACCAUGUGCUUACAAUGCAGGGAGUGGGACUGUCCGUUUCAGCUCAAAGCAACAGCCCCCUGCAGAUUUCAUGAAGGAGAACCCCUUUACUGCGAAGUCUCAGCAGUUUCGAAGUGUCAGCAGGGAGAGGCUCCUCUCAUCAAAUCAGCAUACAAAGAACAACGCCCUUAUCAGCAAAGAAUCGUUUGAGAAUAGUGCACAGAGAUGCAUUUCUGAAAGGGAGGGCAACAAUACUCCCCACUCCACGCAGGCUGUGUGUUUGCUACCUUCUAGGUUUUCAAAUUCCAGAUUAAAUCCUAGUUCAAGACUGUCCAGGUCAUCCCACUGUAUAUCAUCAAUAUCACCCGAGGCCUGCCCUGAUUCCAUUGCAACCUCCAGCAGCAGUGAAAACCUGUCUAACGAAGGACGCCGUGUAGCCGCCUUUAAAAGUAUCAGAUGCAAGAAGACCACAAAGGGGUCCUUUGAAAAAGCUCACCCAGAGCCCCAGCAUUGCAGUCCACUUGUGGUGGAAAGCUCCAUAGCUGCUGUGUCAGACGACGAUAAGCAUGUGCAGUGCUUUUCAGCGAAACCUAAAAAACACAAAAGAGAGACAAACUGGGGUUGCUUUCAAACAAACUUUCUUUCUACCCGCCAAAACGCACCUCUCCACCAGAGCAAUGAAUGUAUAGGGAACCUCACAGCGUAUGAAAUUCUGUCCAGAGCAGAUAUGGAAGGAAGCACUUGGCGUAAUUCAACAGGUAACAUCAAUUACUGCCAGGGGGGCAGGCAAGCACCUCAUGGAAGAGAGGCUGGAGCGCUCAUACCAGUGCGUUCGGGAGGUGCUAUCGUUGGCAGUAUAUAUGAAAGCAGGGAGUACCACAGCAUGGAUGCAGAGAUGGAGUGCAUCCCAUUUCUUCAAGUUUCCCCUUGGCAAAGCAGGCAUCCAAGCAAAACUCGAUUACCUCCACCAGAUAUCGACAGGCCUUUCAACCCCCCUAGCCUCCCUGAGCCACCCAAGUAUGACCUAAACACCAAAAGUAAGAUUCUGAAAAACAAUGAAGACUCGUACUCUCACAAAACCACAUUGGUGCCGCUGGAGUCCAGGGAACACGACUGGCUGGUGAAAGCAGCAGCUGGCGCUUGGGAUCAGAUAUACAGCUUAUUUCGUGAGGACCACAGUCUUCUCAACAAAAAGGAUUUCAUUUCUGGGUAUACAGUGCUACACUGGAUAGCCAAGCACGGAGACCACCGGGUUCUCAACACCCUUUGCUAUGGGGUUAAUAAGAGAGGGCUGACGCUAGAUGUGAAUGUCAAGUCCAGCUGUGGGUACACCGCUCUGCAUCUUGCAACUAUACACGGACACAAGAGUAUUAUCAGGCUGCUGGUUCAAAAGUACAAAGCCGAUGUAAACCUGAGGGACACCAGUGGAAAGAAGCCCUGGCACUACCUGGACAGGAGAGAGUUCAGGGGAGAUCUGGGUAUUCUGCUUGGUGCUCCCUGUAGUAAAAAUACAGCCACUGCAGCCUAUCAAUUGGCAUCAGAGAAGCAAGAACUUUCUUUUUCUCCAUUUGUAAAGAGAAAUACUCCUUUUGCAGCUUUUCACAGACCCCAGCAUCUUUGGAAAGGGGCCCAAUUCUGAGUAAUAUUGGAGGAACUAUCUACUGGAAUGAUUGCAAAUCUGCUUCCUACUGUGUGUAUAAUAGAAACUGUGGCUAGUCACAUGUGCUUUUCAGUUGAUCUUUGGUGGAGCUGAACUUGUCAUGCAUGGACAGAACAUCUACAUCUACUCCUACUGAAGCAGUGUAUUUACUGUACCAGACAGGUAGUUGGAGACUGUUGGAACUCAUGUCCACUAAAAGAUUUUAAAAAUGCAAGGAAAAUGUAAAAAAAAAAAAAAAAAAAAAAAAAAAGCCUUUUGAAGUUAAUGUUUUCACUUGAACGUUUUCUUGCUCAUUUACAGAACAAAAACCCUGGUACAAAGCUUUGACAAAUCUGGCCUGCAUGUACUGUAUUAGGGAAGCAGAAGAGCUACACAAUGUGUCAUGUCGUCCGUCCCCUUCCCCCCUGCAGCAGAGCCUAUCUGUUCUGUUUGUGUUGUAGUGUGUGUAAAUAUGUUCCGCUGUUCUGAAACAUACUUGAUGCGCUUUCUGUCUGAAUUUAAACCAGGAGCAUUCUAUGCUACUUCAACUAUGACCAGGUCAACCAAGGACAUCUCCAUCUGACCACCUCUGAUUUCAACCAAACUAAUUUCAGUCAUACUGUGUGUAUAUUAGGUACGUUACCCAUAGUUAAAACUUUAUGGGCCUGAUUUGUUUGCUGUGGGUAAAUUGGCCUUGUAAUGCGUUUACUUUGGCGGGGGCGAUUUGCCUGUAGGGUAGGGUAUAGGGGAAUUUCAACAUUCCUGUUGAUAUACAGAUGCAUUUUAACCAGUUCAAAGUUUGAGCAAAUGUUUAGGCACAGGGAACACAUGGAAUUAAAAAAAAAAGCAAACAAACAUCAUUCAAUAAAAUAUUCAGCAUACAGAUCCUGCAAUUGCUCCAUAACCCCUGAAGUACUAUGGGCUGGUUCUCUUCCUCAGCGUGUAUUUACAGGUGCACUAACAGGUUCACAGGCAUGAGGAAUUCAUUACCUUUAACCUGCAUUAAGCAGUCCCAAAGAGAAAAAAAACAACCUGCCAAUGAGCCUGUAAAGACAUGCCAAGGUAGAGGCUACGCGUGCCAAAUAGUCUGAGUCUUAGCUGCAGUUAUGACGCAAGUAAGAAUGCUAAAUAUAGAGCUUCUAAUUGAAAUCGUUGAAUGUUCUGAAAACAAUGUACGUUUCAUGGCUCCGGUUUCUUUAGAGCUGUCUGCUUUGCAGGCAGAGUUUAGGUGGGAACGGAUUGGCAAAAUAAAUGUCAAUUCGGCUGCGUAGGUGUUACUGUUUAAAGGCUGAGAUAAAAGUAUAAAAAAUAGACAAAUGCCUUCACCAGCCAUUAUAACCCCAAAAAUGCAUUACCUUUUCUAUUUGUUAUAGUUUUCAAAGUAUUUAAUCUAAGUACCGUCUAAAAAAAAAAAAAACAGAAAUGAAUUGGCACCUGUUGUAAAGGUAUGCUAUGUUGAGAUGAUUACUGAAUUAUAAUAAUAGACUUUUUAUACAAAUAUGCACAAAGGCACAAGUCGAUAAAGGAAGGAUAGGUAACUCUGGCCUUCAAGACCAUGCAUAUUUCCAAUCAUGUUCUUAAAUGUUUAUUUGAACCAAUGAAGCCUCUAGCCAGGUCCCAAAGCAGGUGCGUAUCUCAUGAUACCUGUUAAACCUGACUUGGACAGAGUUGCCCUGCAAGUGAGAUGUUUAUAGUAUCGAUUGGGUUUCUACAGUGUGUGAUGGCUCUUUGAUGCUAGAGGGCAAAUAUUUUGCUCCUGUACUUGGGGUUCCAGGACGUUCUCUCAUGACAGGUCUGGGUUUAAUUUUGUAAAGCGCAUGAGGGUGUCAACAGGGCAAUGAUGUAUAUUCUUUAUUUUAGUACUGUGCUUAUGAUGAUCAAGUUUUAAUUACAAUGCUUUUACCUUUCAAUGCUGUGCAAUAUUUUAUCUCAUAAAAUACAGCUUGCUGUACCUGCAGACCUGUAACCAAGCAACGGAACAAUAGAAUUUCAAGUUUUGUAAAGAUUCCUGUUAGUGGUUGUAUCUCAGACUGGACUGUGGACUGGAAUCAGCAGAUUCCUCACCAGCAAAAAGCCCACGGCUUUGAAUACAUAUAAAUGUAGUAUCACAAAUAUCACGUUGGUUUUCUUUGUAUUUGUGUCAAACUAACUUGAAAUACACAAAAUAUUAAUAAAUAAAAGGUGAAUGAUUUGUGUGUUUACCCAUAGCUUUGCAUUCUGUAGGCAUUCAAAUCCUGGCUGGUGAUACUGCAGUUUUUAAGUUAGGCCUGCCCCCUGCUGGCCAGUAGGAAUACAUGCUAGACUGUGGGACCACACAGCAGGCAUCAGUAAGGGGAUUGCGCAAUUAAAAGAAAUUCUUGAAGACUAAAGUCUGCUUUUUCCAGCAUUGUGUAGGUACAACAUAGCACAAACCAAUGUGCUUGAACCUUGCCCUGGAGAUAACACCCUCUUAGGAGGUGAGAGGGUACUUUAUACAUUCUGCCCAAGGAUGAUAACUCUCAUGGAAUGGGCAAUGGAAACAAGUAUAUGUAACUUUUCUUUUACACAGAGGCUGGUCCUCCCCAUGCAAUGCUGGAAGUUUCCCAUCUUCAGGAGCUUUAAUAAAUAACAGGCAAUGCGUUUGAUGGCAUAGUGGCUUUUUUUUGUCAGUGCCAGCUUACAUUGCUAUACAUAAAUUAGAUGCUCCACACACCCACACAUUGGAA